UAUUUAAUUUGCGUACGUGGAUUUACAUUUUCCACCUCGCCGCGAAAAAGGUUGACCGCUUUCUUUAUCAAAACAUAUUAAACACUUAGUUAGCCAUAUAAAGAAACUGAUUUAUAGGAUUUUAAUUAGCUUUCAAUUAAAAUUGCAUAAAUAUCGAAAGAAAUGGCAAGUGAUGUUUCCAAUUAAAAAAGAUAAUUGUGAACAUAUGCAAACACAUAAUAUUAGAAUAUCCGAACUUAAUUCAUCACCAGACGACAUAGAUAUGUCGCAGCCACGCAAGGUUAUCCACCUCCCAAAGAUCAGGAUGCUCAGCCACGGAGCCAAGUCUUCGUCCAUCCGUAUCACCAACGUGGUAAAGCCCAUCAAGCCUGAUCCUGAGCUGGCGAAGAAGCAGGAGGAGGAACGGCUUAGAGCACAGUUGCAAAAAGAAAUCGUCUCCCGCUCUCGCAUAUGCGCACACAGGACGUACGAAUGUGUGCUACCAGUGGUAACAGGCAGGUUGUACUGCGCGAGGCACAUACUGAAUGACGCCACGGCGCCAUACAAACAAUGCGAGCAUCUGACGUCAUCCGGCGCGAGGUGCAGCGAGCCUGCCCCUGCUGACAAAGAUCCAGGAUUAUGUUUCGAGCAUGCGCGCGCGGCUUUGCACUCCAGACAACGCAGUGCCGCGCCUCCACCGCCCGUUACCACUACUGAAACACUUUUGAACCAAUUGCAACAUUAUGUGCGCCCCGAACGGACUAGAACCACGUCUUGCGCGUCCUCAGUAUCGGUUGUCAGCGACCCCGCGGACCAAGAGCAGAUCGCCACACACGCUGUCGACCCCUUCAAGGAAAUCGACGCGACAUCAGUAAACACGACGGUCUCGGCGUCGAUAAUGGAAUGCGCAAGCGCAAGCGACAGUGAAUCUGACAGUGUCAUUUUGGGCUCUACCGGCGACUGCCGCUGGCAUGACCACGACGACACGGAGGACCCGCCGUGCGAGUCGCAGCCUCUAUGGCAUGCAGGCGUCUACACCGCUGAAGAAGCCGUGAGCGAGGCGAAAAACGUAUUGAAAUCUUUGCAAUCCGCGUACAUACGACAAAUGGGCAGAUUACGAGUUUUACUGCAAACUGCCCGUCUACAGUACGUGAGAUCAUUACGGGCUGAGAAAGAACAAUAUUGCAGUAUAAACUCGCAGGCUCGCAGCGGGCCGCUGACGGUGCGUGAGCGCAGGCAGCUGCGCAAGCUGCGCGCGUACGCGGGGUACCAUCGCAAGCACGGCGUGGACGCUGUGCUGGCGAGGAAGUUGCACCACAAGCGGGCCAAGAUCAACGACAUAUCGAACCGUCACAUCCCCUCCCAAGGCCGCUGUACUUUUGUGGAGGGGGGAGUGCGAUGUCCGACACACACUGUACCCGCCACGAAGCAUUGUAUGAAGCACAUAUUGCAGGAUAGACACCAGGUGCUAUUCGCGGCGUGCGGAGACUUAAGGGGUAGCGUGGCUUGCAGAGAGCCCAUUGCGAAGUUGCCCCUACCGUCCGCCACGUGCCGAUACCACACCGGACCACCCGCCUACACCACCUUCACCUUAAAGAAAGAAGACACCGGCAGCGACUCUGAGUCUCAUUCGAGCUCAGAUCUGUCUCACACUGAGGCACAGUCUCCCGAAGCCGAGAUGGACUCUCUAGCCGAGCCACCCGAUCAGUGACAUAGGGACUAUGGCGUGUACGAACACUUGUGGUACAUGGAGUGACAAUGUGGUACAUGCGGUGACAAUGUGACAUAUACAAUACACUUGUGAUACAUAGUGACACACUGACACAUAUACGACACUUGUGUUACAUGCAGUGACAAUUUGGUACAUGCAGUGACAAUAUGGUACAUGCAAUGAUAAUGUGGUACAUGCAGAGACAAUGUGACACAUCCACUACACCUGUGGUACAAUCAGUGACAAAAUGGUACAUUGACAAGGUACAAAUAGACCACUGUCAUCCAUCGUGAUACAUACACUACAUUCAUAGUGAUACAUACACUACCUUUGUUGUGAUACAUCACAUCACACUCUAUCUCAGAAUUGGACCUGUCUCACACUGACUCUCUUGCCGAGCUGCCCAAUCAGUGACAUAGGGACUAUUAUGUGUACGAACACUUGUGGUACAUAGUGACAAUGUGGUACAUGCAGUGAUAAUAUGGUGUAUGCAGUGAUAAUGUGACGCACGCCACUGCACUUGUGGUACACGUGAUUGUACCACAAGUGCAGUGGCGUGCAAAGGUUUAAAGUCAGGUUAGGCAUUAGUCAGACAGUACCGUAGGCAGACAAGAAAACUGAGCAUUGAGCUAUUUCAACUGGGGUAAGCAGUGCUUUUAUGCUUCUGUAGCCUGCACGCCGCUGGCUACAAUUAGUAACAAAAUGGUACAUGCAUUGACAAGGUUACAUAUAUAAUACAUCACUGUCACCCAUGAUGUUUAAUAACAAUUGCAAAAUAUUUAUAUUCAAGACCUCUUGAAGAACAAAGAUAGUUAUUCUAAAAUAAAACUUAACACCUAAGCUAUAUGUC